UUGUAAAGCCGUGUACGGUAGAGAGAGAGUGAGAGAGCUGUCAUCCGACAGCUGAUCAAUAGCCAACCCCGGAACAACCCGGAAAGUCCCGGCUGGAGUUCAGCAAAUAUUGUUGUAGCUAAAGAUUUUAUAUCUUUCAUUUGAGUUCCUAAAACGAUCAUAUAUGUUUUCUCUUUUUAUCUCUUGUGAUUUGAACUGUAAAUGCAACUCAAUGAGAAAAGAUUAAUUAUGACCUAUAACCUCAAAUCGUUCAUUUAGUUAUUUGGUUUAAGUAAAAUAUUAAUCUCAAGGUCAUAACUCAAAUACAUCACCAUGGGGGAAACUGUCGAGCUUAAUAACUUAGUCCAUUCUGAUGAAGAAGACGAUGAAGAAGAUGACGACCAAGACAUUGGAAUGAUGGGCAGGUGUGGAGGUGAUGAUGGAGAUAUGAUGUUGUACAUGCGAUUAAAUACUAACAGGAAUAGCAGAGGAAGUCUUUCAAAUGGAAAUAUUGCUGUUCGUCAUUUUUCACCCACUGGUCCAAGCUGCUUAAAAUUCUGGAGGCUCUCCUCCUUUGGACAGUGUCCGUACCUUGGAUUGGUUCUUGCAACAUUAUCAUCUUUGUUUUUUUCUCUGUGCUCUGUCAUUGUCAAAGGCUUGGUUCAUGUUCAUCCCAUGGAACUAGCUGCUUGUCGGUUUGUAGGUGUCCUUCUUCCGACAAUUCCUAUUGUAAUAUGGAGGGGCGACCAUGUUUAUCCGAAGGGGAGGAGGAUCAUGCUACUGUUAAGAUCAUUUGUUGGAACAACAGGGCUGAUGUUAAGUUUUUAUGCCUUUCGACUAAUGCCCCUUGCUGAUGCCUCAGUGAUAGUUUUCAGUGUACCUGUUUUUGUUGCAAUCUUUGCUCGCGUUUUUCUGAAGGAGCCAUGUGGGCUAUGGAAUGUCAUCUGUGUAGCAUUAACUCUUAUUGGAGUAGUCUUGAUAACUCGUCCCCCUAUGCUUUUUGGAAACAGUGUUCCUGCAUUGUCAGCUGAAAACAGUGAAUCUGAGGCAACUAAUGUUUGGGGAGCAGUAGCUGCCUUUAGUGCAACAUUGUUUGGUGCUAAUGCAUAUGUCCUUCUUCGUGCUUUGAAAGGACUUCAUUUUUCAGUCAUAAUGACCAACUUUGGAACGUUUGCACUUUUCCAAACUCUUUUUACAACAUGGGGACUUGGCCAACUGUGCUGGCCUGCAUGUGGAACUGAUCGACUUCUUGUUGUUGCUUUAGCUCUGUUCAGUUUUGGAGGUCAAAUUUUACUUACUUUAUCUCUACAGCUUGAACAAGCUGGCCCUGUAGCUAUUGCUAGGUCAGCUGACAUUGUAUUUGCAUUUAUUUGGCAAGUCCUAUUUUUCCAAGAAGUUCCAAAUCGGUAUUCCAUUGCAGGUGCUGUACUUGUAACCAGUUCUGUCCUUUUAACAGGUGUGCGAAAGUGGUUAGUUGCAUUACCAAACCAUUCUCGGGUCAAAAAAUCCCUCGGGUUUCUGGCAACAUAAUGCAAAUAUGUGCUCAAUAUGCCUCUGGAUUGAUGCACACUAGUUGUAACAUACAAUUUCACUGACUCAUAAAGUGUUUUAACUUUAAAAUGAACCAAGAGCUGUCUAGUUGUUUUGACUACGUUUUCUUUUUUAAUUUUAAUCACCAGGCUUGUCAUGGUUAUGUGAUACUUCACCUUUGCUGCACAUUAAGAUAGUUUAAUUUAAUUCCAAAGAUCUCCUCUAUUUGAUUGAGCCUAUUCAAGAAAUUCAAGGUGAUCUUAAACCCUAGUCUUUUUGUGGUUUUGCUGUUCAUUUAAAAGCCUAGCUUUAAUUUAUCUAUCUAUGUAUUUAUAUUUGCAUGUGUGUUUGUGCAUUUCUCUGCUUUUUGAAAAUUGUUUUUAUACAGUGACGCAACUGUUUUUUUAUGAGUGACUGACUGUGAUUUCUUUUUACCAAGUUGCUCUAAGUCUUGAGGUACACUAGAAUUUGAAACCUAUUUCCACUCAUGAAUGUAUGUUUCUGUGUAUCUCAAAUACCUACAUUGCUAAAAUUUUCUAUUAUUAUUAAUAUUGCUCUUUCAAUCAUUCGCUUGGUUUCUUAUUAUUUCAACCCAGUCAAGAUUAUGUAUUGACCAUGUUAAAUUUUAAGUUUAACAAGAAUAGCUCUGUUGUUAUAAGAAACACAUUUUUAUGAAAAUGGUCUAGUCCAAAUAAAUAAUAUUUUAGAGACCUCUUAUCUUAGCUAACAGUAACUCAUAAUGAUCAGCACCAACCUAUAUAAGUAUUUUUAUCAGUAUUCUAUCUAUGAGACACUGUUCACUUGUUGACUUUACAUUGACCACUGUGCAGCCAUACUAAGGCCUGAAAAUCAGUCUCAGUCAACAGUUUCCAAAAUGACUUGUGUUGUUUCUCUAUAACUGUAACAAGAGUGGUGUUUGUACCAAUAUUUUGGCACUACCUUUUUUUCAUAAUUCUGUAAAAUUGAGAAAAUGGCUUUAUUGUGUGAUAUGUGACCCAAGAUCUGGUGUAAAGGAAUAGACUUUAAGUUGACAGGGGGUAUAGUUUAUCAACUCAAUAUUUGUAAAUAAACAUAACCAAAAGUUAAGAUGCCAUGCAGUACAGAGUGAUGUACGGAUAUCGGAAAUUUUGUAAUGAAACGUUACGGCAUGCAGGCUUGCGGGUGGGUUCGACUAUCUCCACCAACCGUCGGGGCCUUAGCGGCCGCGAGGAUGGAGGUGGCAUUAGGCAACCCAUCGACACACGUGCGUAUGGUUCAGUAUUACGACUACGACUAGAAAAUGUUCCGGGGUCUGCUGUUGCCCAGCAGACCCAGUGUACUCUUAUUGUACUUAUGGUUCAUAACUAUUUUCAAUAAUCUCAAAGACUUGAUUAAUGACUCAUGUUCUUCAUUUCAUUUAUAUUCGAUUCCAUGAUUCCAUAAAAUUUUCCUUAGCCUUCUGUGAUCUCUUCACACUAUUAUCUGUAUUACAUGUUAUUGCCAGUAGGAUAAACAUUUUCAUAAAUGUACAUACAUUGGUCUGGAAUUCAUUGCCACCUAGAUUAAAAAUAACAACCGUGUAUUGUGAUAUUAUGACAGCAAAUAGAUUAUUUAAAAUGCA